CAAAUAUAUAAAGGGAACCCAAGAGAGAAAAAUCAAGUAAGAGAGGGAAGAUGCUGCACACACCAUUACCCACCUCUUUGCAAGCAACUGCAACAACCAGCAAAGAGAAAAAGAAGCUUUACUCUCUCUUGGUCACCUCUAUUGUUUUUCUGAUUUUCAUCUUCUUUGUCUCAUCAUCAUCUUCUGGGUCUUCUUCUUCUUCUUCGUUGCAUUACCAUAAGAAACAUCGCCUUAUCCUCGGCGUCCGAAAUCAAGCCGAUCCCAACUCUGUAUCACCUUCCCUACCUUCCAUUGCCUAUUUUAUCACCGGCUGCGACGGCGAUUCGAAUCGUCUUCUUCGUCUCCUCUUCUCUUUGUACCACCCCAACAACCAAUACCUCCUUCACCUAGACCUCACUGCUUCCCAAUCCCAGAGAGACCAACUCGCUCUCACUAUCCAAUCCAUCCCCGUCUUUCGUGACUUUCAGAAUGUCAAUGUCAUUGGGAAAGCCGAUUUUGCUUACCUACAAGGCUCCUCCGCUAUUGCUUCGACUCUUCAUGGUGCUUCCAUUCUCCUCCGACUCUCUAUGCAUUGGGAUUGGUUCAUUAACCUCUCUGCCGCCGAUUACCCUCUUGUUACACAAGACGAUCUUCUUCACAUAUUGUCAUUCCUACCUAAGGAUCUCAAUUUUGUGAAUCACACCAAUUACAUUGGCUGGAGAGAAUCUUUUAGAAUGAAACCCAUUAUUGUUGAUCCUGGGCUUUAUAUUUCUGAGAAGAGUUAUGUAUUUUAUGCUACACAAAAGCGGGAAUUGCCGAAUGCAUACAGAUUGUUCACAGGUUUGUCUUCUGCUGUUCUAAGUCGCAAGUUUGUUGAGUUUUGCGUCUUUGGUUCAGACAAUUUACCAAGAAUUCUUCUCAUGUACUUUUCAAACAUGCCCUCAUCACAAACCAACUACUUCCAAACUGCUCUCUGUAAUUCACGGGAGUUCAACAAGACUGUUGUUAACCACAACUUGCAAUAUUUGUCAUGGGAUGAUCCCCCUAAACAGAAGCCACGCACACUUGGUUCGAGUGACUUUGAUGACAUGAUUAAAAGUGGAGCAGCCUUUGGUACACCAUUCCCCUUGGACGAUCCAGUUCUUGACCGCAUAGACAAAGAGGUCUUGAAUCGUGGUACUGGUAGGAUUGUCCCUGGGGGGUGGUGCUUAGGUGAGGCAGAUGAUGACCCAUGCUCAGUGUGGGGAGAUGGCAAUGCUUUGUGGCCUGGUAAAGGAUCUAGAAGGCUUGAGAAACGCCUUGUUGAACUGCUCUCGAAGGAGGUAUUCCAUUCUCAUCAAUGUAUAAUUGAAUGAUCGGUUAAAGUUGAUCCUAUACUCCCAAAAUUUUGGCACAAUUGAUCUGUAUCUGUUAAUUCUUUAUCAUAGUUAUGUGAUCUUAUUCUCAGUUUCACUUGAAA